GAUCUUGGAAAGGUAUGCUCAGCUAGAUACAAGUUUGAGGAGGCAGAGUCCUGGUCUGAGUCUUGGUUCAGCCCUGCUGUCUGAAGUACUCUUCACCCAGCAGCACCAGGGACCAGGUAUGGAGGGUCAAACAUUCAGUAAAUGUCUACCUGAGCAGAGGGAGGCCACUGACCCAAAGGAAGAGGAGGAGGAGGUCUCUUCCCCUGAGGAGAGGGAGACCAUGGACUUGAGAGAAGAAAAGGAAGCUUCCCUACCUCGGGAGGGGCAGAAUAUUGAUCUGGAGGAAGAGGAGGAAAUCACUUCACCUGAGGAGGGGGAGACUUGUGAAAGGAAAGAAGAGAAGGAGGAAGUCAUUCCACUUGAGGGCAAGAUGUGUGAAAUGAAGGAUGGGGAAGAGGCCUUAUCCUUUCAACUUAUGGAACAAAGAGAGACCUGUGAAUCCCUGGAAGAGGAAGAACCAAUAAGCGUGUUUCCCCCUCCAAAUGAAUUCUCCCCUCACACGGUGUUUCCCCCUCCAACUGCCCCAACUCCUCACUCCGUGUUUCCCCCUCCAACUGCCCCAACCCCUCACUCCAUGUUUCCCCCCCCAAAUGAAUUUCCCCCUCCCAGAGCAUUUCUCCUUCAAUAUUUAUUUCCUUAGAUUUUUGUCUCCUCAAAACUUGACCUUAGGAAGGUUUCUGUUCUGAUAUACUCUCUCUUCAUGCCUUACUUAGGUCCUUGUGGCAUUUAGUAAUUUUUUUGUUAAAAACAAAACUACAUUCAAUCAGAAUUGUAUGUUCUAUAUCAGAACCAUGUAUGUUGGUAUAUUUUCUAAUUGAAUAAUAAAAC